UGGAGUUGCGAGGUUUGCACUCUGAUGAAAAGGUUUUUUUUUCCUUCCAGUUUCUGUGAGUUCUUACUUGUGAUUUGUUUGAAUUGUUGAUUUCUAAGGUUCUUCAGGUGAUUAUAUGUUCUGAACGAUCCAAUCCUUUUCCAUGCUGGGAUCGGAUUCUAAUUGCCCUCCUCUUCCUGUUCUGGGAUUCUUCUGGUUCUGUGCUUGUGGGAUCCCAUACGAAGCGAGGGAUUAUCUGGAGUUCGUUAUUUGAAUCCAAUUCUCCCGUAGGUGCAUUUCGGCGUGAGUUGCAUCAGGUUGCGCUACGAUUGCGCGCAACCUGAACUGCCUGACUUGGGAUUCACGCGAUUAAGACUUGAUAAGUGACCCCUUUGUGAUCGAGCGAUUUACCGAAUAAUCUUUUGCUCCUCGUCUGCAAGUCCCGAUUUUUCCCCCUGUUUCAUUGGUGUUCCUCAGUUUGGUCGAUUGGAGAGAGGGAGCCGGAAUCAGGAGUAGUUUAUGUAGGGUGCUGGUUGUGGUUUGGAUCUCCUCCGUUUUCCCUCUCGUCGGGAAAAUGGAGAAGGAAGCGAGGAACCACUACCACACGCGGGGCUCCUCGCGCGGUGGCGCGGCGGCAGAGCGCGACCUGCUUCUGCAGUGGGGCAACCGGAAGCGCCUGCGCUGCGUCAAGGUGCAGCGCCGCGACGUCGAGGCCGCCGCCACCGCGGCCGCCGAGAAGGCGGCUGUGAGCCAGCGCCGCGCCGCCGCGGCAGCAGCUGCAGCCGCGCAGCACCACCCAACCGGCCACCCCCACCACCGCGUCCCCAGGAACUCGGAGGAGCUUUCAGUCAUGAAGUUGCCAGCACAGCAACAACAGAACGGGAUUCGCACAGUUGCCUCACCAGACAGGGAGCGCCCUGGUCGAGGUAACAACAACAAUAAUGGAGCUCCACCGACAUUUCCAGAUGACAAUAAGGGCUCUUCAUCAGGAAGUGAGGGGACAAUUUGGCCGAAUUUCGCAAUCACCCUGACAAACAGAGAGAAGGAAGAGGAUUUCUGGGUGUUCAAAGGAUCCAAGCUGCCCCAACGGCCCAAGAAAAGGGCCAAAGUCAUCCAGAGAACCGUCAAUUUUGUAUGCCCAGGAACGUGGCUAUGUGACUUGACUCUUGAAAGAUAUGAAGUCCGAGAGAAGAAGAAGGUUUCCAAGAAGCGCCCCAGGGGAUUGAAAGCUAUGCAUGACAUGGACAGUGACUCGGAAUAAAAAGAUCGCUGAACAUGAGAAGCUGAAUAUAAGAAAGAAGGCCAGCACAGAUCCAAUAGAUGAAGAUCGGCGGUAAAGUGUUCUUAUGGAAUGAUUGGUUGGCUCGCCACUUCUCGCACUAUCUUCUGAAAAUCAAUUUCUUCCAAAAGAACUUAUGGAGAUCGAGGAUGACAGAAAUGUCGGAAGCUGCACAGAAGAACACGGAGGGGCUGCAGGAGCAGGAAAUUUUCAAGCCUGCUUUUGUUAUUGUGAACAUUCGCUGCUACCCUGUAAAGAAGCAAUGCAUUUUUGCAACCCCUCAUGCUAAUACCGCUCGAGUACAUUUUGCAUUGUCAAAUGUCAAAGUAAUCCCGAAGCCAGUCCAGGUGGAUGUGUAGUAUGCACGGUGUCUGACAAUAACACUUCAUAUUAUUAUUAUUAGAAAAAAAUCUAUAUUACCUC